AUGUCUCGUUUGUGCAGAAAUGCCUCUCCUUACCAUGACAAUACUACUUGCUUUGCAGGUUGGCCCGGUGCAAUAUGGCACAUAUUUCAGCCCUCCGACCUGCGCGCUCUCCGUGAAUUUUUGGUGAAACACCAGGUGCCUAGCAUCCAGCAGGGUCGUGACGCUGCUGGGGACGUCAUCCAUGACCAGCGCAUCUACCUGUCUUCAAAACAGCUUAGUCAGUUGGAAGCGGAGACUGGUAUCAGGCCCUACACGGUGUUGCAGUAUGUCGGUGAUGCCGUCUUCAUCCCUUCAGGCUCUGUGCACCAGGUUCGAAAUCUUAUGAGUUGCAUCAACGUAUCCGUGGACUUUGUUUCGGCUGAACAUGUGUCCCAGUGCCUUGAACUGACAGAAGAGUUCCGUCGCCUUCCUCGGAAUCAUCCCAGUCACGAGGACAAAGUCCAGGUGAAGAACAUGAUCUAUCAUACAAUAAAGGACUCUUUGUCUACAAUUUUGGAAACCAAUCGAAAACGGUCGGACUAG